UCAAAUCGGCCAAUGAGAAGACGCGACAGUAACGAGGCAAGGCGCGGCCGAAAUGGAGACUACUGGGAAAACUGAGCGGGAGUUCUGGUUUCGGAAGUUUCAUGGCAAUAAACACCAUCAAUGAUGAGUCUUUUCCUGCUGGUCUGAAGUUGUGGAUACUACCUGGCCCAGAAGGACUUUGGAUCCCAGGUCUGCCUGGCAUAGGAGCACCUAUCUCUGCUGAUCCAGGAGGGUGGAGUCAUUUCUUGGGCGACCAUGUGUGGCUAGACCCUCCCUCCACCGAUAAGAGCAAUGUGGCCAUCGGAGGCAUCAUCAAAGAAACAAAGCCAGGCAAGAUCUUGGUUGAGGAUGACGAGGGCAAGGAACACUGGAUCCAAGCAGAGGACCUUGGUGCCCUCAGCCCCAUGCAUCCCAACUCAGCUCAGGGUGUGGACGACAUGAUCCGCCUGGGAGAUUUGCAUGAGGCGGGUAUUGUGCACAACCUCCUGAUCCGCUACCAGCAGCAUAAGAUCUAUACCUACACAGGAUCCAUCCUGGUGGCCGUGAACCCAUUCCAGCUGCUGCCGCUAUACACCCUGGAACAGGUGCAGCUCUACUACGGCCGCCACGUGGGUGAGCUGCCCCCACAUGUCUUUGCCAUCGCCAACACUUGCUAUUUCAACCUGAGGAAGAACAAGAGGGACCAGUGCUGUAUCAUCAGCGGUGAGUCUGGGGCUGGGAAGACGGAGACCACCAAGCUCAUCCUGCAGUUCCUAGCCACUGUCAGUGGCCAGCAUUCAUGGAUUGAACAGCAGGUCCUGGAGGCCAAUCCCAUAUUGGAAGCCUUUGGAAAUGCCAAGACGGUCCACAAUGACAACUCCAGCCGCUUCGGGAAGUACAUCGACAUCUACAUCAACCCCAGUGGUGUGAUUGAGGGCGCACGGAUCGAGCAGUUCCUCCUGGAGAAGUCCCGGGUCUGCCACCAGGCCCUGGAGGAACGAAACUACCACAUCUUCUACUGCAUGCUCAUGGGGAUGAGUGAGGCAGAGAAGAAGCUGUUGGACUUGGGGACACCCUCCGAGUACCACUACCUGACCAUGGGAAACUGCACAACUGUCAAGGGGCUCAAUGAUACCAUGGACUAUGCUCACAUCCGCUCAGCCAUGAAGAUCCUCCUGUUCUCCGACUCCGAGAACUGGGACAUCAGCAAAUUGCUGGCAGCCAUUCUCCACCUGGGAAACAUAGAGUUUAUGGCUGCCAUCUUUGAGAACCUGGACUCCUCUGAAGUGAUGGAGACACCCACCUUUCCCAUCGUGGUGAAGUUGCUGGAGGUGGAGCACCAGCCACUCCGGGACUGUCUGAUCAAGCACACCAUCCUCAUCCGAGGGGAGUAUGUCACCAGGCCCCUGAACAUCGGCCAGGCCUCUGACCGCAGGGACGCCUUUGUCAAGGGCAUCUAUGGGCAUCUCUUCCUAUGGAUCGUCAAGAAGAUCAAUGCUGCGGUCUUCACACCACCAGCCCAGGACCCCAAAAUUGUGCGAAGAGCCAUCGGCCUCCUGGAUAUAUUUGGCUUUGAAAAUUUCCAGAACAAUAGCUUUGAGCAGCUCUGCAUCAACCUCGCCAAUGAGCACCUGCAGCAGUUCUUUGUGCAGCAUGUAUUCACUAUGGAGCAGGAGGAGUACCGCUCGGAGAACCUCACCUGGGACUACAUCCACUACACCAAUAACCAGCCCACCCUGGAUCUGCUGGCUCUCAAGCCCAUGAGUGUCAUCUCCCUCCUAGAUGAAGAGAGCCGCUUCCCAAAGGGGACAGAUCUCACCAUGCUGCAAAAACUGAACAAUGUCCAUACCAACAACAAGGCUUUCCUGAAACCCAAGAGCAUCCAUGAUGCCAGAUUUGGCAUUGCCCACUUUGCUGGUGAGGUGUACUACCAGACGAAAGGCUUCCUGGAGAAGAACCGAGAUGUGCUAAGCACAGAUAUCCUCACCCUCGUUCACUCCUCCAAAAACAAGUUCCUGAGGCAGAUAUUCAAUCUGGAGUCGGCAGAAACCAAGCUGGGCCAUGGCACCAUCCGUCAGGCAAAGACAGGAAGCCAGCUCUUCAAGUCUACAGACUCUGCCAAGCAGUCCCCGACCUUGGCAGGCCAGUUCAAGCAGUCACUGGAGCAGCUGAUGAAAAUCCUGACCAGAUGCCAGCCCUGCUUCGUCCGCUGCAUUAAACCCAAUGAGUAUAAGAAGCCCCUGCUCUUCAACCGGGAGCUAUGCCUCCGGCAGCUGCGCUACUCAGGCAUGAUGGAGACCGUGCGAAUCCGAAAGUCAGGCUUCCCAGUCCGCUACACGUUUGAGGAGUUCACACAGAGGUUCUGGGUGCUGCUGCCCACCACCCAGCGCACUCAGCUUCGAGACAAUUUCCGUCAGAUGACCCUGAGCAUUGCUGACCUGUGUGUGGAGUCAGACAAGGCCUGGAAAGUGGGAAAGACCAAAAUUUUCCUAAAGGACCACCAGGACACUCUGCUGGAGAUACAGAGGAGCCAGGCGCUGGACAGAGCUGCAGUCCGAAUCCAGAGAGUCCUUAGGGGCUACAAACACAGGAAGGAGUUCCUGAGGCAGAAGCAGGCAGCUGUGACCCUCCAGGCCAGGUGGCGAGGCUACUGCAACAGAAGAAAUUUCAAAAUGAUCCUGGUGGGCUUUGAACGCCUGCAGGCCAUUGCCCAGAGCCACAUACUGGCGAGACAGUUCCAGGCCAUGCGGCAGAGGAUGGUGCAACUGCAGGCCCGCUGCAGGGGCUACCUGGUGCGGAAGCAAGUCCAGGCUAAGAGGAGGGCAGUGGUGGUCAUCCAGGCACACACCCGGGGCAUGGCUGCUCGGCGGUGCUUCCAGAGGCAGAAAGCCAGUGUGGGUGCUCAUCCAGCCUUUGAACAGGGACCUGUGAUCAUCCCAGCUGAAGAGCAGAAGAACCAAAGUGCUCUCCCCACCAAGAAGCGCAGCAAGUCCAUAUAUGACACUGUCACUGACACAGAGAUGGUGGAGAAAGUGUUUGGCUUCCUCCCAUCCAUGCUUGGAGGCCAGGAAGGCCAGGCCCCAGCACGCUUUGAGGAUCUGGAAACCAAGACCCCCAAACUCCCCGAGAUUGACCUGGACACAGUCCCCAUGGUGGAGGAGCCGAAGGAAGACAUGGAUGACCUGGCAGAGUACUCCUUUCACAAGUUCGCCGUGACUUACUUCCAGAAGUCAGCCAGCCACACACACAUCCGGCGGCUUCUCCGCUACCCACUGCUCUACCACGAUGACAACACUGACUACUCGGCUGCUCUGGCUGUGUGGACCAUCAUCCUGAGGUUUAUGGGUGACCUUCCAGAGCCAGUGCUGUACGCCAAGAACAGCCUUCGGGGCAGCCCAGUAAUGCCACAGAUCCAUGACAGGCUGGGUCAGGAGGGCAUGGCCCAGGGCGCACAGCACACUGGGCCUGUGCAGAGACUGAGCCACAGGGAUAGAGGGACCAAGGACAUCUCCUCCAUGAAGCUGAAGCGGUCCUCCCGGAUCACAGGCCAGGUGGCUAGCCAGCUGAGCACCGGAGAGGAAGCGUUCGACCCCGAUGGCCCCAUCUCAGACAGACCUAUGUCCAACCUGGAGAAGGUGCACUUCAUUGUGGGCUACGCCAUCCUUCGACCUGGCCUCAGGGAUGAGAUCUACUGCCAGAUCUGCAAGCAGCUCUCAGAGAACCCCAAAGUGAGCAGCCAGGCACGGGGCUGGAUCCUGCUCAGCCUCUGCCUGGGCUGCUUCCCACCCUCAGAGAGGUUCCUGAAGUUCCUCCUGAACUUUAUUGGCCAAGGGCCGGCCGGCUACGGACCCUUCUGUGCAGAGCGCCUGCGGCGCACCUGUGCCAAUGGGGUGCGCACGGAGCCCCCCACCUGGCUGGAGCUGCAGGCUGUCAAGUCUAAGAAGCACAUUCCCAUCCAAGUGAUCCUGGUGACUGGACAGAACCUGACUGUCACAGUGGACUCAGCCUCCACGUCUUGGGAAGUCUGCCUGCAUAUCGCCCAACAGCAGGACCUCAUCGACCACCUGGGCUUCUCCCUCCAGGUUGCUGUGUAUGACAAGUUCUGGUCCUUGGGCAGUGGGAAAGACCAUUUGAUGGAUGCCGUGGCCCGGUGUGAACAGCUGACCCAGGAGAGGGGCGAGAGCCAGCGGCAGUCCCCCUGGCGCAUCUACUUCCGGAAGGAGUUCUUCACCCCCUGGCAUGACUCCCAGGAAGACCCUAUCAGCACCAAGCUCAUUUACCGUCAAAUCCUCCAUGGAGUCUGGUCUGGCGAGUACAGCUUCGAGAGGGAAGAAGACCUGGUGGAACUGCUUGCCCGGCACUGCCACGUGCAGCUGGGUGCCUCAUCGGGGACUGAGGCUGUCCGGGACCUACUGCCCAGCUGCAUCCCCCCCAAGCUGUACAAGACCAAGCCCCCAGAAAAGUGGGCUAGCCUCGUCACUGCUGCUCAAGCCAAGGCUCUGUACACCCAGACAGGAGCAACAGCGCUGGCUGUGCGGCAGCAGGUAGUGGAUGCCGCCCGUCUGCAAUGGCCACUGCUCUUCUCUCGGCUCUUUGAAGUCACCACACUCUCCGGGCCCCGCCUCCCCAAGACACAGCUGAUCUUGGCCAUCAACUGGAAGGGGCUACAUUUCCUGGACCAGCGAGGGAGGAUGCUGCUGGAACUCUUCUUCCCAGAGGUCACAAGUCUGGUCACCAACAGGGAAUCCCGGGGUGGCCAGAGACUGCUGCUUUCCACGCUGCAUGCAGAAGAGUACGAGUUCACCACUCCCAGCAGCGUGGCAGUCGCUGAGCUGGUGGCUCUGUUCCUGGAGGGCCUGAAGGAGAGGUCCGUGUUUGCCAUGGCCCUGCAGGACAGGAAGACCACAGAUGAUGUCACCCUCCUGCCCUUCAAGAAGGGGGACUUGCUGGUCCUGACCAAGAAGCAAGGACUGCUGGUUUCUGAGAACUGGGCCCUGGGCCAAAAUGACAGGACAGGCAAGACGGGGCUGGUGCCCAUGGCGUGCCUCUACACCAUCCCCACGGUGAUUAAGCCCUCCAGCCAGCUGCUGAGCUUGCUGGCCAUGUCGCCGGAGAGGAGGAAGUUGGCAGCCCAAGAGGGGCUGCCCUCAGAUCUGCUGCCGGAGGAACAGCCCAGGGAGAAGCCACACACCCUGGAGGAGUUCUCCUACAAGUUCUUCAGGGCCCCGGAGAAGGAGACAGUGAGCAGAGCCAUGAUGCCCCUGGCCCGUACCCGGGGCCACCUGUGGUCCUACUCUAUGGAGCCGCUGCGGCAGCCACUACUCAAGCAUGUCCAUGACAAAGCUGACCUGCGAGAUGUCGCCUGCCAGAUCUUCCUUGCCAUCCUCAAGUACACAGGUGACUACCCAUCUCGGCAGGCCUGGCCCACCCUGCAGCUCACAGACCAGAUCUUCUCACUGGCCCUGCAGGAGCCAUCCCUACAGGACGAGGUCUACUGCCAAAUCCUCAAGCAGCUGACACACAACUCCAACAGGCACAGUGAGGAGCGAGGCUGGCAGCUGCUGUGGCUCUGCACAGGCCUCUUCCCUCCUGGAAAGGCACUGCUGCCCCACGCCCAGAAGUUCAUAGACACUCGGAGGAAGAAGCUGUUGGCUCUGGACUGUAGCCGCCGCAUCCAGAGGGUCCUGAGGACAGGGCCCCGGAAGCAGCCCCCACAUCAAGUCGAGGUGGAAGCUGCUGAGAAAAAUGUCUCCCGAGUCUGCCAUAAGAUCUACUUCCCCAAUGACACCAGCGAGAUGCUGGAGGUGGGCACCAACAAGCGAGUGCGAGAAGUGUGCGAGCUCAUCGCCACCAGGCUGCAGCUGGCCUCCUGGGAAGGCUGCAGCCUCUUCAUCAAGAUUGCGGAUAAGGUCAUCAGCCAGAAGGAAGGAGACUUCUUCUUUGACUCCUUGAGGCAGGUGUCCGACUGGGUGAGGAGGAACAAGCCUCAGAAAGAAGGGACACUGGUGACGCUCCCCUACCAGGUGUACUUCAUGCGGAAACUGUGGCUCAACGUGGUUCCAGGGAAGGAUGUGAAUGCAGACACCAUACUGCAUUACCACCAGGAGCUGCCCAAGUACCUGCGUGGGUUCUACAAGUGUUCCCGGGAAGAUGCCAUCCACCUGGCUGGCCUCAUUUACAAGGCCCAGUUUGACAAUGACCGAUCCCAGCUGGCGAGUGUCCCCAAGAUCCUGAGGGAUCUGGUGCCUGAAAACCUCACACGCCUGAUGUCCUCCGAGGAAUGGAGAAAGAGCCUCCUUCUUGAGUUCGAUAAGCACCAGGACAAGACAGUACAGGAGGCCAAAGUGGACUUCCUCAAGUGGAUCUGCCGCUGGCCCACCUUUGGGUCUGCCUUCUUCGAGGUGAAGCAAGCCUCGGAGCCCUCCUAUCCAGAUAUUGUCCUCGUGGCCAUCAACCGACAUGGUGUGCUGCUCAUCCACCCCAAGACCAAGGAGCUGCUCACCACCUACCCCUUCACCAAGAUCUCCAGCUGGAGCAGUGGCAGCACCUACUUCCACAUGGUGCUGGGGAGCCUGGGCCGCGGCAGCCGUCUGCUGUGCGAGACCUCGCUGGGCUACAAGAUGGAUGACCUGCUGACCUCCUACGUACAGCAGCUCCUGAGUGUGGUGAACAAGCAUCGAGGCUCCCGUGCCGCCCCCCUGGCCACCCCCUAGGAGUAGGUGGAUCCUAGCUGCCCACUUAGUCACCUUCCUCGUCUGGGUCUCGCCAGCUCAGGGCCUGGCCUCUGCAUGUAGCCUUCCAGCCCACCCUCUCCCAGCACACACCCCUGUCCUGAGUGCUGGCCACAGGGGCUGAAGGAGGUGUCAGGCCUCCAGGAUGAUGAUGAUGGCUCCCCUGAAUCUUCAAUAAAACCCACAGGGUGUG